GAGGGGGAGGAAAAAUACGUGAUGAGAAGAAUUGCAGGGAUUUUGCCUCGACUGCACAUUUCCGCUUCGCAGUUUGAGUUCAUUUACCACAAAGCUGCUAAAACGCUUUCUCUCUGAGUGGCUUCCUGUGAAAAGGUUUCACUCUGCUCUCAGUCUCACAGCCUCAACCUCACUCUAAAACCCCGUCUUCAAGACUGCCGUCUCUGCUUUGUGCCCGAUGCCUCCGCGGCCUGAUUCAUUGUAAUGAGUUUUGGGAGCUGGAACAUGGCUGAAGCUGCACUGGAAGCGACCUUCUCACUCCUCCUCUGUGCCGCUAUUAUACAAGGGUUCCAGAACAACGUGGAGACGGCUCGAUAUGAAACAACAGAAGCGGCCGUGGGUCAGAACGUUACCCUGCUGUGCGCCAUUGAAAACCAGGGGUCCAAUAUGGCGGUGUUCAGCGUCGAGUGGUUACUGAAAAAACACAAGACUGAAGAAAAAGUCGCGCUGCUCAAUGUGAAGUACGGAGUCCAACUAUUCUGGCUCAAUGUCAGUAUAGCCUUUAACGGGGACAGAUCAAACCAGUUCAUGGUCUCCUCUCUUCACCUUCCUGAGGUGACAAAGAGCAAUGGAGGCACCUAUAUAUGUGAUUUUGCAACUUUUCCUUCUGGCUCCAUCAGGACAGAGACGGUGCUCAGGGUCAAAGAUGUUGAAAUAACGUGUGACGCUGACAGCAUGGUCGAUGUCCAUUAUGCAGGAGAAGUGAUCAUUCGCUGCCAGGCAACUUCUCCUGAUGCAGAAUACAGAUGGACCAAGAACACAACACUGGUGUCAGUGAGCAAAUCUCUAGAAAUCUCGAGGGUGACUGACACCGAGGCCGGAGUCUAUAGACUGAGCGUCAACGCAGGAAGUGAAAAUGUUCAUAAGGAUUUCACCAUCAGACUGCAAACCACAAGCACCAGAGCAGACACAACAACAGUGUCAUCACAGUCGAGCACAACAACAAGUACAAGUCGGUUAGAUCACACAGAGGGCGGCCUCUCUACGUCACACACACAGACCUCUGCGUUCCUGGACUCCACUGUAACCGUGGCCACAAUGAUCACAACAAGCGUGACCGACGGCAGCGGUGUCACGACCACAGCUGGAGAACCUACGACCGACUUCACGAGUUCCACCCACAUUGGUGUCACGUCAUCCUUUACUCCACACACUGACUCUGAGCCGCCCUUCACCUCUGCUGCAUCCACUCCUGGUGAAGCUACAGAGUCCAGUUCAACUCAGGAAAUGAAAGGUGAAGAAUUUAGAAACAAAACUGAACCAAACACACAGGAUCCAGGAGAUCGUUCCUCAGUGACAACGAAGGAAAACAGCACAUCUGUGAUGACCACAGCAACCUCACCUCUGUACAUUGGGAAUGAUCAGGGGGAUGAAGGUACCUCACAGCGCCACCUGCUGGUGUUGAUCCUAAUUCCCCUUGCUAUGCUGAUUCUCACCGCUGGGUUUCUUUACAGGAGACACAAAAUAAAACAGAGGAUGGAUCUCCCUCCUCCAUUCAAACCUCCUCCUCCUCCUGUCAAAUAUGUAGCAGUGAGACAACAUGAGACGUCAGCACAGAAUUUCCCCGUCUCCAGAUGUGACUCUGUGGCAGAUCCACAGUUUGUUAACUCUUUUUAACUCAUGAUAAGCUAAGUUAGAUCAAUGUGUCUGUUCUAUAUUUAUAUAUGUUCUGAUAUCUGGCAAAUGUUUAACUAUUUCUCUACAAACGUACUCACCAUACUUUUACUUGACAUUCAAAAAUAAACAUAUUCAAUGAAUGUUUCUGCUACA